CCUCCCCCGGUUCUGAUUGGUACAUGCCGCGGCGCGAUCUCCGCAUCUUGGUCACCGUAUGGCGCCAUCCCCCUGACCCCUCACUGAUUCCCGCCCGAAAGUCACCGACUGGGGGGGAAUGUACUAAGUGGUGCACGGCGGAGAGUAACCCCCGGCCGCCGCCAUGGCGGACACCGACCUGACGGUGCCGGAGGAUAUGUUCAAGGAUGUGAAGUUCUACCUAGUGGGGGACCUGGAUCCUCAGAUCUGGACAAAUGUAUCUGAAAACCACAGACGAAAGUUAGAAGUCAGCAAGUCUGUUGUGCAGAUGCUAAAAGCGGGAAAGGCGAAAGAAGUCUCCUAUAAUGCCUUGGCUACACACAUCAUUGCAGAGGAUGGAGACAAUCCUGAGGUUGGCGAAGCCCGAGAGGUCUUUGAUCUCCCUAUAGUAAAACCCUCGUGGGUCAUAUUAUCUGUUCGAUGUGGAGUUCGUCUUCCUGAAAAUGGUUUUUCUCCAGAGUCUGGACAGAUAUUUUUUGGCGUGACAGCAUGCCUUUCGCAGGUGUCACCUGAUGACCGCAGCGCUCUCUGGGCACUAAUAACGUUUUAUGGUGGAGACUGUCAGCUGAGUCUCAAUAAAAAGUGUACUCAUUUAAUUGUUCCUGAGCCAAAAGGGACAAAAUAUGAAUAUGCUUAUCAACGUGAGAAUAUUAAGAUUGUCACACCAGACUGGGUGUUGGACUCAGUAUCUGGGAAGACCAGAAAAGAUGAAGUACCAUAUCACCCCCGUCUUAUAGUGUAUGAAGAAGAUGAAGAGGAGGAGGAGGAAGAUGAAGAGAUAGAAAAUGAAGAUCAAGAUUCUCAAAAUGGCAGCGCAGAUGAGGACAGAUAUUCUUCUAAAUCUAGUCCGAUUACAUCCCGUGAAGGAUCUCCUUUUCCUAAUCGGGAAUUUUCACCAAAGCGCAGCAGUGCUUCAAAAGUAAAGGAGGAACUGAUGUUUGAUGACUCCUCUGACUCCUCGCCUGAAAAGCAAGAAAGAAAUUUGAACUGGACCCCAGCAGAGGUCCCACAGAUGACUACUGCAAAGCGAAGGCUUCCCCAGGGCAAAGAUUCAGGACUGAUUAAUUUGUGUGCAAAUGUUCCACCUGUGCCAGGGAAUAUUCUGCCACCCGAAGCUCGAAGCAAUUUGCUUACAUCAGUCCCUGGAGCAGCAGGUUCAGAGAGACCUGAUCUGAUGGCUUUUCGUAGUCCGGCAGCAAGGACACUUAGAAACAUUACUAAUAGUGCUGAUAUACAGCAGAUUAAUAGACCAUCAAAUGUAGCACAUCUCUUACAAAGCCUUUCAGCCUCUACCAAGAGUUUAGAACAGCAAGGUAAUCAUUCCCAGCAAGGGCAUCCAAAUACGAUGUUGUUUAAUCAAGUCAAAUCCUUAACAACAGAAACACAACAUUUGUUACAGCCACAAUCACAUCAGACUCCACAACAGCCACAGCAACACCAUUCUCUGGUGCAGCUUCAGCCUCAACAACUUAUGCAACUGCAGCAGCAGCAACAACAGCAGCAACAGCAACAACAAAUUACCCAGCAAGUGUUUCCACCGCAUCAGUUUUCACAAGUAAACCAACCGCACCACUUCACUCAACUACAGUUCUCACAACAACAGCUACAUCGUCCACAACAGCAAACAAUGCAGCAUUUCCAACAACAGCAUGUACUGCAGCAACAGCUUCAACAGCUACAGCAGCAGCAACAUCUUCAGCAGCAGCAGAAUAUACAGCAGAUUCUUCAGCGUCAGCAGACACCUUCACAGCAACAGACAUUGCAGCAGCAACAACAAACAAUACAGCAACAACAGAGCCUUCAGACAAGCAUUCAGCAGCAACAGGCCCUUCAGCCAGCUUUACAGCAACAGGCGCUUCAACAACAGAAUCAGACUUUGAAUAUUCAACAAAGCAUACAGCAGCUUCAGCAACAGAAUAUACAGCAUUUAUCUAUGCAGCAAAAGCAGCAACUUCAGCAGCAUGCACUGCAACAACAGCAAAUUCAGCCUCACGCCUUGCAGCAGCAGAUUACGUCUCAUACACUGCAGCAACAACAGCAGCAAAUGCAGACCCAGACUUUGCAGCAGCAACAAAUCCAGUCACAGACCAUUCAACAACAGGUGCAGCCUCAGACUAUUCAGCAGCAUCAGGCACAAUCACAGCAAUCACAUCCACUUCAGGCACAAACCCUACCGCAACAGCAGCAUCAUGUACAGCCGCAAUCACUUCAGCAGCCGCAUCAAUUACAGCAACAGACACUUCAGCAACAUCAAAUUCAACCACACAAUAUUCAGCUUCAACAUCAAAUUCAGACACAGGCCCAUCAGCAGCAUCAAAUCCCAUCACAAAUGCUGCAACAGCAGACUCUUACGCAACAGCAACUACAGCAGCAACAACAAUCUCUACAGCUCCAGCAGCAACAACUUAAACAGCAACAAAUGCAGCAGCAGUCUAUGCUUCAGCAACAGCAAAUUCAGCAGCAAACGCUGCAGCAACAACAACAACAACAGAUUCAGCAAGCAACUCUUCAACAGCAGCCAUCUCAAAUUCAACAGCAAGCACUUAAACAAUCACAAAUUCAGCAAGUAGCAUUGCAGCAGCCGCAGAUCCAGCAGACAGCCAUUCAGCAGCCUUCACUACAAAGUCAACAGACUCAGCAGCAGCAGAAACACAACCUCCAGCAGAUGCAACAGCAGCUCCAACAGCAGCACUUUCAGCGUUUACAGCAGCGGCAAAUGCAAAAUCAGACCCCGCAGCUGCUAGGCCAGAUGCCUCAGCAGAUGCCACCUCAAGCACCUAAUCAACAGUCGGCUCAGUCUCAGCAGUUACAUGGUCAUGACCCGUCCCUAGAGAUUCCUGAAGACUGCUUCUUGAUGGGCUGUGUGUUUGCAAUUGCUGAUUAUCCAGAGCAGAUGUCUGAUAAGCAGCUUCUUGCAACGUGGAAAAGAAUAAUACAGACACACGGUGGUACUGUGGACCCUACGCUUACAAGCCGCUGUACUCAUCUAUUGUGCGAAAGUCAAGUCAGUAGCAUGUAUGCCCAGGCUAUGAAAGAACGAAAACGUUGCAUCACUGCUCACUGGCUGAACACAGUCUUGAAAAAGAAAAAGAUGGUGCCCCCUCAUCGAACGUUGCACUUUCCUGUUGCAUUUCCACCAGGGGGGAAGCCUUGUUCCCAGCAUAUCAUUUCAGUGACUGGGUUUGUGGACAGUGAUAGAGAUGACCUCAAGCUGAUGGCCUAUUUGGCAGGUGCCAAAUACACUGGGUAUCUGUGUCGCAGCAACACUGUUCUCAUUUGUAGAGAGCCCAGUGGUAUGAAGUAUGAGAAGGCUAAAGAAUGGAGAAUACCCUGUGUCAAUGCUCUAUGGCUUUGUGACAUUUUACUUGGAAAUUUUGAAGCCUUGCGCCAAAUUCAAAACAACCGGUACACAGUGUUUACCCUUCAAGAUCCACUUGCUCCUUCAUCGCAUCUGGUUUCAAAUCUCCUUGAUGCAUGGAGAAUGCCAAUAAAGGUGUCCUCAGAUGUGCUAAUGAGUAUCCGAAUUCCUCUGAAGCCCAAGCAGAAUGUACAAGCUGUUCAGCCAAAACGGCCAAGAAUUGAAGACCUGCCUCCUCCAACUAAGAAACUAUCUCCUGAUAUGACCCCACAUGUAAUGUUCACCGGAUUUGACCCAACUCAAAUUCAGCAGUAUGUUAAGAAACUUUACAUUCUUGGUGGAGAAGUGGUGGACUCUGCACAGAAAUGCACUCAUUUGAUUGCUAGUAAAGUCACGAGGACGGUAAAAUUUCUGACUGCGAUAUCUGUAGCGAAGCACAUUGUCACUCCAGAGUGGCUCGAUGAAAGUUUCAAGUGCCAAAAAUUUGUUGAGGAACAGAGCUACAUACUGCGCGAUGCUGAGGCUGAAGUGCUUUUCUGCUUCAGUUUAGAGGAGUCCCUAAAGAGAGCACAUGUUGCUCCCCUCUUCAAGGGCAAGUAUUUUUACAUUACUCCCGGGAUAUGCCCCAGUUUGUCAACAAUGAAAUCUAUUGUGGAGUGUGCGGGUGGAAAAAUCUUAACUAAACCCCCUUCUUUUCGGAAAAUUGUAGAGCACAAGCAAAAUAAGAGUUUAGCAGAGAUUAUCUUGAUAUCAUGUGAAAAUGAUCUACAUCUGUGCAGAGAAUAUUUUGCUGGCAGUAUAGAUGUCCACAGCGCAGAAUUUGUCCUCACUGGAGUUCUCACACAAACAUUGGAUUAUGAAUCAUAUAAAUUCACAUAAAUGCUUAUGAAAGCCCAGGAUCUUCUGAACCUUUGAAGAACAUUGUGUUGUCAGUCAUAUUGAAGGGCACCAAAUGUUUUUGCUCAUCUUGUGUUUCUGGAAAAGAUUUCCUUGGUGAACAUGCAGAAGUGGAUGGAGAAGUAAAUUAUGUGCAUCUCUUUUUUAGGAUGUGUAUUUUGUUAAAUUAACAGAAAAGAUUAUGUUUGUAUCAUAGUGUGGUAAGAAAAAAGAAAAAAAAACCUCAUGGGGUUUAAUACAUUUCCAUGGGUUUCUUGUUUAUUAUGUAAAAUAAUGAAGGUACUUGUAUUUUUGUGGGGGAGCGGACGAAAGGCUAAUGGUUUUGUUUAAAAAUAAUAGAAUUGGAAAAAUAAACAUUUUGUAUUAUUUUAUAUUUCUAAACCCAGAGUUCAUUUUUAUAUUGUUAUUUUCCAAAGCUUAAAAUAAAUGUACUUUGGUUGUA